UAACCGGAAGUAAACAACGACGGCGGGGCUAGAAGAUCAGUUCGUUGCCAGGCACCUAACCAUGCUGCAACCGGUGACUACUCGGGAAGAGGAUGAAGAGGAACCGUCACCAGAUUGUGGCAGAGCGGAGUCGGUUGGUCCGCAAAACGAGAAGGAAACAGGAGAUGCCAGACGGGAGCAGCAGCAGUAUGGUCAGUAUCAGGCGGCGGAGGCCGAUUCCACCGUCCUCUUUUACACUAUGGUGCCCGGGGAGCCGGAUGAUGAGAACAGCGACUUGCUGGAUACCUCCGAUCCGCGGGACAGCACGGCUAGUCCGGAGGAGCUUGAGGAUGAGGACAAUUCUGGUGACAAUGACAGUAUGGUGACCAAGACGUGCACCUACCAGGGCUGUCAGGAGACCACCAGCCAGGUGGCCAAGCAGAGGAAGCCUUGGAUGUGCAAAAAGCAUCGCAACAAGAUGUACAAAGACAAGUAUAAGAACAAGAAGAAAAGCGAUCAGGCCAUGACCUGCACCAACAAGCUGGAGGAUAAUGCAGAGUGUGCAAUCUCCCUUACUAAACAAAGAGCAGGCUCUGUGGGCGAUCGUCCUCCACGCCCUACCUUGUUGGAACAAGUGUUAAAUCAGAAAAGGCUGGCUCUCUUAAGAAGCCCUGACGUUGUCCAGUUUCUUCAAACGCAACAGCAACUUCUUAGUCGUCAAGCCUUUGAGCAAAGACAGUCUUUUCAAGGGUCUUCACCGUGAUCGGGUCCAACUCUGCAAUGUGCUGAUGAUGGGAUGGAACUGACUGGUUGGUCCAGAGAGAGACUGUUCAUGUCUUGCUCAGUUCAUCUCUACUGCUUUCUUUUCUCACAUCACUGUCCCUGUUUUUUUUUAACUGAACUACUACAUA